AUGUCCGCCCCACCCAUUGGUACUGCAACUAUGGAUGUUUCAUUGACCACUGGCGCCAUUGUCGUUGGCUCUCUGUUUUCUUUCUUCACGAUGGGAAUAGUGGCCGUGUGUCUUUGGAUUUACUACACGAAUUAUCCAAAAGAUCCGAUCUACUUCAAAUUAUUGGUGUCUUUCAUGGCUAUUUUGGCCAUUUUGGAUACGGUGACAACCGGGUGCUGGGCUUACCUUUGGGCGGUCACUCAUUGGGGCGAUCCAACCAUAUUCGCCUACCUCCCCACAGUUUUCGUAAUUGAGACCUUCUGCUUUGGAACUGCCUGUCUCACCAACCAAUGCUUCUUCGCCUGGCGUUUGUGGACAAUCACCAAGCGGAAAAACUGGUAUCUUCCGCUUUUCAUCGUUUCUAAUGGCCUGAUUCAAGAAGCGGUGGUGUUCUGGCUCAUGAACUUAUUCAGGACCCAUCCUCUGCUCGUUGACCUCGGUGCUGCAUUACCCACUGGUUACGCUUGGCUGGUCUGUGCUAUUCUCGGAGAUGCAUCAGUCACUGUAGGAAUGGUGUACUACCUACGCAUCAAAACCAGCUCCCGAGAUAUAGUGGUCAACGCGAGUUCAAGAUCAGUUCUCAAUGGAAUUAUUGUUCGGACGUUACAGUGCAACGUGUUGGCCCUUUUGAGUCAAGUUGCGAUGUUCGUCAUGUUUUUCCUGAAAAGUAAUCCCAACGUCGGCGCUUACUUCUUCUUCAACGAUUUCCUUGUUGUCAAGAUAUACGCGUUCUCUCUCCUCCUGACCUUGAACGCUCGCAAGACGAUGGCCACCAAAUUCGACAGCAGCCGGGGUGGAGGAACAUCUGAUAACAUUGCUCUUAGCAAUGUACAAAGCGCCAUCAAUCGGACACGCGUGCAGCUCCCCCAUGAACCAGGUGUUGUUUCUAUUCAAGUACACCAACAAGUCGACGUCGAUGAGACCUGGAAGCAGGAUUCAGCAACCUCACAAUAUUCAGAGCGUAAAGUUGACUACGUCUAA